AUGCGAUUUCGUGCCAAUAUUGAUCAUGUCCAGACCUUCCAACGAAUUAUCCAAGCCAUUGAAAAGUUACAGAAGCGAUGCAUUGUACGGUUUACCGAGUCAGAAAUGCAUAUCAUCUGCAACGAAGAGACCGAAGAUGGUGUGCAAGACUCCCUCUUUACAGACUAUCGCAUCCAAUCAAAUGCAAAUAACGAAAUCAGUCUCCUUCUCUCUCCCGAGGCUCUCCUACAAGCUCUGCGCUCAGCAGCAUCCUCUUCCGAUGUCGUGAUGAAGCUCGCGAAGAAACACGCCCAUCCUGUGCUAUCAUUUGAGAUCGUACUUGCACUUAGAGGAACGCGACGCGCGAGUGUCGCACACGACGUGUUAAUCGACGUGCUGAAACCUGCUGAGAUGGCGAGGUUGAAGGAACCGUUGUGCCCUGAACCGGAUAUCCACAUUCUCUUACCUCCUUUACAGAAACUACGAACCGUCGUAGAAAGAAUGCGCUCAAUGGCAGACGUUCUCGGCAUCUACGCAAAUCACAAGGGAGGUCUCCGACUCACCGUCGAAUCCGAUCAAGUACGCGUCAAGACGGAGUGGUCAAAAUGUAUCAUCCCGAACAUGGAUUCAGAGCGGUCGCGUGAUGAACCAGAACCGGAUCCGGACCAAUGGUUCGGCGUGCAUCUCUCGAUUCGCGCGUUCCUCAAGUUCCUCUCCAGCCACGUUGUCUCCACAACGACUAUCGCAUGUAUAUGCGAAGAUCAUUGCAUGAUUCUGUACGUCUACAUUGGAGAUGUCCAGGACGCAGGCGGCGUGCUCACAUUUUGGAUUCCUGCGCGACUCAGUGGUGUAGAUUAG